AUGUUCGGUGCGCCCUACGACUUCCGAUACACCGUCGCGGCGGCGGGACAUCCAUCGAGAACCGGCACCGCGUUCUUCACGAACCUCAAGAGCCUGGUGGAGAGGGCGAGCCAGCUCAACGGUGACCGCCCGGCGAUUAUCGUCACCCACAGCUAUGGUGGCACGCUGGCGCACCAGUUCCUGAUCCAGCAGCCCCUGGCGUGGCGCCGGCGGUUCGUGAGGCACUUCAUCCCCGUCGCCGCUCCAUGGGGCAGGCUCGUGCUGGGCAUGCAGGCCCUCAUCUCAGGCAAAAACCUCGCCCUCCCCUUCGUCGACCCCGAGGCCCUGCGGAAAGAGUACCGCAGCCUGCAGAGCAGCCUGUGGCCGCUACCCAGUGCGAAGGUGUUCGGGGCCGCGCAGCCGCUGGUGAGCACCAAGCGUCGGAACUACUCAGCCGGCGACGUGGUGGACUUCCUCGUCAACAUUGGGUUCGGGGAAGGCGUCGGGCCAUAA